AUAUCACCCCAUGCUCUCCUUCUAUUCUGAUUCCCAUUCCUGAUCUCUCUGCACCCACCUCUGUCUAUUGUGCACAUUAGCGCUUUCUUUCCUCCUGUCUGUCUCUUUGUUACCCUCUUUCUGUCCUUCCCUGCUCCCUGCGGCCAUGUGUGAUAACGGGGAUCCUGAGGACAAGCCCCCAGCCCCCCCAGUCAGGAUGAGCAGCACCAUCUUCAGCACAGGCUCCAGUAAGGACCCGCUCUCAGCCAAUCACAGCUCCAAGCCCCUGCCCUCGGUUCCAGAAGAAAGGAAACCCCGCAACAAGAUAAUCUCAAUUUUCUCAGGAGCAGAGAAAGGUGGUAGAAAGAAAGACCGGGACAAAGAACGACCAGAGAUCUCUCCGCCUUCAGACUUUGAACACACUAUCCACGUUGGCUUUGAUGCUGUCACUGGGGAGUUCACUGGCAUGCCAGAGCAAUGGGCACGACUUCUCCAGACAUCAAACAUCACCAAGUCCGAGCAGAAGAAGAACCCACAGGCUGUUCUCGACGUGCUCAAAUUCUAUGACUCUACGGGCAACAGCCGCCAGAAAUACCUCAGUUUCUCCUCCUCUGAAAAGGAUGGUUUCCCCACAGGACCCCAGUCUCCGGUCAAAAAUGUCAUGGAACCCUUAUCGACCAAUAUCAAGGACAUUGAUGAUGAUGAUGAAGCUCCCCCUCCCAUUGUGGCACCACGUCCAGAAUACACUAAGAGUGUGUACACUCGCUCCGUCAUUGACCCCAUCCCCGCUCUAGCCACCUGUCCAGAUGGAGACUCGGCCUCCAAGUCUGUAGACAGACAGAAGAAGAAGGGAAAGAUGUCAGACGAGGAGAUCAUGGACAAACUGAGAACUAUAGUCAGCAUUGGAGAUCCCAAAAAGAAGUACACGAGAUAUGAAAAAAUUGGACAGGGGGCUUCGGGGACAGUGUACACAGCCAUUGAUGUCGCCACAGGACAAGAGGUAGCCAUUAAACAGAUCAACCUACAGAAGCAGCCCAAGAAGGAGCUGAUCAUAAAUGAAAUUAUGGUGAUGAAAGAGUUAAAGAACCCGAAUAUUGUCAACUUCGUAGACAGUUUCCUGGUGGGAGGGGAGCUCUAUGUGGUGAUGGAGUACUUGGCUGGUGGCUCGCUGACUGAUGUGGUGACAGAGACCUGCAUGGACGAGGCUCAGAUAGCUGCUGUCUGCAGAGAGUGUUUACAAGCACUGGAGUUCCUUCAUGCGAACCAGGUCAUCCAUCGUGACAUCAAGAGUGACAACGUGCUACUGGGGAUGGAUGGCUCUGUCAAGCUCACCGAUUUUGGUUUCUGCGCCCAGAUCACACCAGAGCAGAGCAAGCGCAGCACCAUGGUGGGCACGCCUUACUGGAUGGCACCUGAAGUGGUGACCCGGAAGGCCUAUGGGCCAAAGGUUGAUAUCUGGUCCCUGGGCAUCAUGGCCAUUGAGAUGGUUGAGGGGGAGCCUCCAUACCUCAAUGAGAACCCGCUAAGAGCACUGUACCUUAUUGCUACCAAUGGCACUCCAGAGCUGCAGAACCCAGAAAAGCUGUCCCCCAUCUUCAGAGACUUCCUUAACCACUGCCUAGAAAUGGAUGUGGAGAAGAGAGGCGGGGGAAAAGAUCUGCUGCAGCAUCCCUUCCUGAAGCUGGCAAAGCCCCUCUCCAGUCUUACACCUCUCAUCUUGGCUGCUAAGGAGGCCAUGAAAGGCAACCAUUAACCGAACAAACAACCAUGCCUUCCCAUGCUGUGCCAGAUUUGAGGUUUUGUGCCAGACAGUAGACUGAGUGACAACCCAACUAUAUGCUCCAGCCUGAUAAGCCCUGACAAACCUCACUGUGAAGACCAAAAACAUCCAGAGCACAACCCAUCGCUGACCAUAUGAACUCUUUGAUUCUCACUCAAACGUUUGAAGACAACUCAAAUGAAAGUGCUUAUUUUCAGAUCCAGGCUUAGUUAUUUUGUACAAGAAAAAACAAUGUUGGGGCUAGAUUUGUAUUUAACAUGGAAUUAAGAUAUCUAGUUCUUACUUUUUGGAAGAAAUAUUACUGCCUUAAACAAAUGCAAAACAUUGCCUAAUGUACUGUUGAUUGUGUCAAAUUAUUUUCCCAUAAUUGUUUUUUUCUUUGUAAUUCUUCCUUUCCAGCUUGUUAGUGUCCUCUUAGGCAUUUUGAUACUUGAAUUUCAUUUGUGUCCCCACUGUGAUCACGUUAAGGGCCUCUCGCUUAAUGUAAUGGCCUCUCGUUAUUCCCACCUGGUGCCACAUUUAAUCUUUGGUCUUUUCUCAUUUGUUAUAGGACAGACAUUUCAAAACAUUCCCGUGAAUAUGGUGAUAUGGAUGACGAUAUAGGUUGCCUCAUUUGGCAGUGCUACCAUCAUUUUCCUCCUGUGUCAUUAGUCCCUUGGUAGUAGAUGUGCACCCUUAUGUGCAAAUUCAAUUGAAGAAUGACAGGGUUUAUUCUUGCUUGGGCCAACGUUCUUUGUUCUCAAAAAAAUGUUUUGCUAUAUUGUAUAUGUCAAAUUCUGUACUUUUUGUGUAUUUAGGACUGUAGCUUAAAAAAAUGUGCUUGUUCAUGUGUAUAUUGUGUACCUAACUAGACGGAAAACUGGAUAUCAGGCCGGGUACCUUUUUUAUAGGCUAGAAAAGGCAAUGUAUAUUUAAUGUUUCUUUUUUUCUAUUUGGAUUACUAACAAUCUGACAAUUGCCUGCAAAUUCAAAUAAAUGCAGCUGUUUGUCCUUA